GCCCCAAAACGGUUUUUCUCUAUCAUGCACAAUUGGGGCUCAUCCGGCAGUAUCACCCUGAACCACCCUGCACAGCCCACGCCCUCCCCCACGCCCUCACGCCCAGCCCCCGCCUACAGGAACAACCCCAGUGACGCCCAGACCGAGGAGGAGACCCGGAGGUUACGCCAGGAUGAGAGUCAGGACCUGGACCAUAUCAAAGUCGAGGACAAGGAGACGCGGUGUUGCCAAUCCAAGUAUAGUCAGGCUCUCAAGCACCUCCUGCCAUGCCGACCCGCGAGAAAGGACAAGAACCUCCUCCCGAGCAACAACGCGGGCUUCUUCAGCUACCUGAGUGUCACCUGGCUCACGCAGCUCAUGAUCAAGGCCUACAGACACGGCCUCGACCCAGGGGACAUGUGGAAGCUACAACAUGAGGACGGCGCGGAGGUCAACUCUACGAGGAUGGAGCGGCUCUGGGAGGAGGAGAAGGAUAUGACGAAGACCAAAAGGAAGCCGGAGCUCUGGAGGGCCGUCUGGAGGGCCAUGAGAACCAGAGUGAUCGUUUGCAUGACUAUCUCCGUUAUCCAGAAUAUACUGCAGUUCUUCGGCCCGUCCAUAAUGCUGAAGCUGGUGCUGGACUACAUCGCUGAGCCUGAGACUGACCUCCUUUAUGCCAGCCUCAUCACGGUGGGGACCUUCGCCAUCAACCUCAGCCGCGGCGCCGCCUUCAACGCAAUGUUCGUGGUGGGCACUCACACAGCUACGAGGAUCACAGGGGCGGUGCAGGCGAUGAUCUACAAGAAGGUUCUGCGGCUGAAGACUGGUGGGGAGAGGCUGUCCGCUCAGAUCAUCAACUUCUCCAACAACGACAUGGAGAGACUCUUUGAAGCCUGCCUCUCCUGCGUCUUCAUAACCGCCAUGCCAGUCCUCUUCACCAUGAGCGUCAUCUACUGCCUCUACAUCCUCGGCCCUUGGUCACUGCUCGGCCAAGGCGUCUACAUACUCUUCUAUCCCCUCAUGGCAGUGAUCGCCAAGGCCCAGAGCAGCAUCAGGACAGAGACGGUGAAGGUGACGGACAAGCGUGUGGCCCUGAUGAGCGAGGUUCUUAACAGCAUGCGACUCAUCAAAAUGUAUUCGUGGGAAGACUCGUUCUCCAGGAAGAUCUCAGACAUCAGGAAGGAGGAACUGAAGAAGCAUCGUGUCGGGGCGCUGCUACAGGCCGUCAGCUCCACCAUCACGCCCAGCAUCAGCAUCCUGGCCACCAUCGUCACCUUGAUGGGAUACACUCUCUCAGGCUCCCCCCUCAAAUCCUCCGAGGCCUUCACCAUCUUCUCCGUGUUCAACAUGAUGCAGUUCACCAUCGGCGUUCUCCCCUUCACUGUGAGGUCCAUCGCCGAGGCCAAGAUCUCCAUGACCAGGAUACAGAAACUAAUGGAGCUUCCGGAGCACCACAAGGAUGCAGGCGGGCAGCUCAACAACAACCUGGCGCUGCAGAUCAAGGAUGCAGACUUCUCGUGGGAGGUUCUCAACAUUGACUUUAAGCAGAAGGGUUCCCGAGCCAGCCCCACUAAAUCCUCCUCCAGUGAUAAGCUAAAGAAUGGGGAUGCUAAAAAUGGCAGCAAACACACGAACGGCCACGUGAAGAACAACCACACCAACGGGAACAGCAACAGCCCCAUCAAGGCCACCACCGAGGACACCAACGGCAACACCACCACCUCGGACAUCACCAAGAGCGUCGACACCCUCUUCAACAUCAACGUGUCGAUCGAACGCGGGAAACUUGUGGGUGUGUGUGGCAGCAUCGGUGCGGGGAAGAGCUCGCUGAUCUCGGCCCUCUGUGGUGAUAUGAUCACCAAGAACGGCAGCAUGCAGGUGAACGGUCGUCUGGCGCUGGUGACACAACAGGCGUGGAUCUACAACGACACCUUCCGGGAGAACCUCUUGGUGGGGCAGGGCUAUGACGCGGAGAAGUACAGGAAGGUGAUACGUGUCUGCUCGCUGGAGUCCGACAUUGAGCUCCUGGCGAACGGGGACAUGACGGAGAUUGGGGAGCGAGGAAUUAACCUGAGCGGUGGCCAGAAGCAGCGGGUCAACCUGGGUCGUGCCGUGUACAGUGACCGUGACAUUUACCUCCUGGACGACCCCCUGAGCGCCGUGGACACCAAGGUCGCGCGGCACAUCUUCAACCAGUGCAUCAAGGGCCACCUGGCGGACAAGACGGUUAUUUUGGUCACCCACGCACCACACUUCCUCGAGAAAUGCGACGAGAUCAUUGUGAUGCAGGAGGGGAGGAUCGCCGACAGAGGGACUCACGCUGAACUGAUUGCAAGGAAGGGGGAAUACUUCGACAUGGUGGGCCACGAGCCAUCCCACAGCAGCCAGGAGGAACAGGACAAGGAGGAGACCAAGGAGACAGAUGUGAAGGGAGAAACUAUAAUGAAAAAAGAGGCAGAGAAGGAAGGUGACCAGGAGAAGGGGAAGCUGAUCACUGAGGAGACCAAGGCGACCGGGAGCGUGAGCAAUGAGGUGUAUCGGACGUUUAUCAAGGUGAGUGGCGGCUGGUGCAUCACAGGGAUCAUCUUCUUCGCCAUCAUCAUCUUCACCCUCAGCCGUAUGUUCAGCGCGAUCUGGCUUCAGUACUGGUUGGAUCAGGGUGACGGACAAAUCGAAGAGCGCAUGAUGAAUAUUAGCGAGUACAACCUCACGCUGUCGGAGGAGGAGAUCAAGGGCAGCAUCGUGGAGAACCCGGCGCUGUGGUUCUAUCAGCUGGUCUACUGCCUCAGCUUCAUCCUGCUGCUCAUCACUGGGGUCGUUAAAGGCAUUGGCGUGACCUUCAGGGUGCUGGCGGGCGCGUCCAAGCUCCACAACCACAUGUUCAUCAGCAUCCUCCGUUCCCCGAUGAGCUUCUUCGACACCACACCUACCGGCCGCAUCCUCAAUAGGUUCUCGAGGGACUUGGACGAGUUGGACGUGCGAGUUCCGUUCUUCCUCGAGUUCCUGCUGCAGGGGCUCCUCUUCGUGGCCGGCCAGAUCAUCCUCGUCUGCUUCAUCUAUGUGUGGUUCAUCAUUCCCCUUGUCUUCAUUUCCGUUCUCUUCUUCGUGGUGGACAUCUUCCUGAACGCCGGUGUGAGGGAGCUGAAGCGUCUCGACAACACCCUCAAAUCACCCAUCACCCAGCACAUCGGCUCAUCCAUCAGCGGCCUCAGCGUCAUCCGCACGUUCGACAAGGAAAAACUCUUCACUCAUCGGAUGUACAAGUAUCUGGACAAGCACUCGGCCGCCCUGCUCGUGUUCCGUCUCUCCAAUCGCUGGUUCACCUUCCGCAUGGACAUAAUCUCGAUGAUGGUCACGCUCGCCAUCACUGCCAUCUGUGUGUUCACCAAGGGCGCCGUCAGCACUGCCCUCGCCGGCCUUGCUCUCUCGAUGAUCAAUGGGGUGUGUGCGUUCACCCCGUUCCUGAUGAGGAUGAAGUCAGAGUUCCAGUCCCGCGUCACCUCCGUGGAGCGCAUCAUCGAGUACGCCUAUGUGAGUAGUGAAGCGCCAAGGGAGAUCCCCGAGACAUGCCCCGCCCAGCCCUGGCCCGCUCACGGCACCAUCGAGCUACAGGAGGUGAAGCUGCGGUACCGGCCCGACCUGCCCCUCGUCCUCCACGGCAUCAGCGCCACCAUCAACGCCGGGGAGAAGAUAGGCAUCGUCGGGCGGACUGGAGCGGGCAAGUCAUCGCUCAUCUCCACGUUGCUGCGGAUGAGUGAGUUGGAUUCCGGCCGCGUGGUCAUCGACGGGGUGGAUGUGAGCGUGGUCGGGCUCCACACACUGCGCUCCAGCAUCUCCGUCAUACCCCAGGACCCGGUGCUCUUCCAGGGGUCACUCAGGUACAACUUAGACCCCUUUGAGGCCCACACUGACGAGGAGGUGUGGCAGGCGCUCGAGCAGUCGCACCUCAAGCCCGUGGUUCAGCGGCAGCAACACGGCCUGAGCUGCAAGGUGGAGGCGGGUGGGGAGAACUUUUCCGUCGGUGAGCGCCAGCUGAUCUGCCUGACGAGGGCGCUACUCAGGAACAGCAAGAUCUUGCUGCUGGAUGAGGCGACAGCAUCCGUGGACGUUGAGACUGACCACCUCAUCCAGGCCACCAUCCGGGAGGCGUUCCAGGCCAGCACGGUCCUCACCAUCGCCCACAGACUCAACACUGUCGCCCACUAUGAUAGGAUACUGGUCCUGGAGGCGGGCAAGGUCCAGGAGUUCGACACACCAGCGUCCCUCAUGAGCAAAGAAGGGUCACUAUUCCGGGAGAUGCUGGGUGCCAUGGGAGUGACCACAGUCGAACAAAUGCUGGCGCUCACCUAGUACCCCAUACCUCUUAAGUAAGGCAUUCACAGCUCCAGUGAUAUUGCGUGUAAGGUAUUUUUGUCAUCCCAUUGCGUACGUACAUUCUCUAGGCUUAACUACGCUAUAAAUAUGGAUGUACAAAGGGUUGAGUCCUUCCGAGUACGAGUUCGUGUCUCCAAGUGUGAUUCUGCUUUCGAGGGUGUCAAAAAUGAUGUCAUUCUAUAGCAUACACAUGUUUUCCUAGGCUCAAAUACAUGAUGGAUGAUACGUAUGUGUGGUAACUCUCAUUUGGGGUAUAGGGAAGGAUUGGUUUGUGUUUUGUGUAGCUGCUUUAUCCCGAAAUCUAGUUGAGUUUGCCUUUCAUCUGCCGGGAAGAGAACGUAAGCUAAGGUGAGGAAGGACCUGUAGCGAUAUAAGUGUGUUAGUUGCUGCUGUAUCCUGAAAUCUAGUUGAGUUUGCCCUUCAUCUGCCGGGGAGAGAACGUAAGCUAAGGUGAGGGAGAACGUGUAGCACUGUGAGAGUGUUAGUUGCUGCUGUAUCCUGAAAUCUAGUUGAGUUUGCCCUUCAUCUGCCGGGAAGAGAACGUAAGCUAAGGAGGGAGGAUGUACCGCUGUGAGAGUGUGUCGGGAGUUGUCCUGUAUCCUGAAAUCUAGUUGAGUUUGCCCUUCAUCUGCCGGGAAGAGAACGUAAGCUAAGGAGGGAGGAUGUACCGCUGUGAGAGUGUGUCGGGAGUUGUCCUGUAUCCUGAAAUCUAGUUGAGUUUGCCCUUCAUCUGCCGGGAGAGAACGUAAGCUAAGGCGAGGAAGGAUGUGUGAGAGUGUGUCAGGAGUUCGCCUAUAAGAAGAAUCUCUGUAUAUUCCCAUUCAAGCUAAGUCCCGUUCACAAUGUGCCGACUCUGGGCCACAACAACCCAGCGAUUCGGGGUAUACGAGGUCUUGGGUGUGAAAUGUUGAUGUGAAAGGGUUGCACACGGUCGGAAAUAGGUCUGUAAAUGAUCGCCGGAUGUUGAAGAGGGCUUAAAAGUCGCUCGGUUAUCGUGGCCCAGAGUCAGCACAGUGUGAACGGGGCUUUAGUUGAUAGUGGCAUUACAUAAGGGAAAGAUGAUCACAGUUAUUUAUGCUCGUAUUAAGUAAAGAGAUGUAUAGUAGGAACGGAGAUAUAUUAGUGAUCAUGGAAGGUUACAAUAUAUAUGUUUAAAGAAUGGGUUUUGCAUAUUAAAGUUAAAACUGUGAGAGGUAGCAUUUUACAGUUAUUUACCUCCAUGUUGACUAAAGAGAUGUACAGUAGGAAAGGAGAUAUAUUAAUGAUCAUGGAAGGUUACAAUAUGCAUGUUUAAAGAAUGAGAGUGUGUCAGGAGUUUGCCUAAAAGAAGAACCUGUUAAUUCCUGUUCAUGUUAGUCCACAGUGGUAUUAUGACGAAGAAUGAUGAUUACAGUUAUUUACCUUUGUGUUAACUAAAGAGAUGUACAGUAGGAACAGAGAUGAAUUGGUGAUCGUGGACGGUUACAAUAUACAUGUUUAAAGAAUGGAUGUUUGUGCGUAUUAAAGUUUAAAGUCGGGUAUAUUUUCAGACUGUGAGAGGUAGCAUUUUACAGUUACUUACCUUCAUGUUAACUAAAGAAAUGUACAGUAGAAACGAAGAUAAAUUAUGAUCAUGGAAGGUUACAAUAUAUGUGUUUAACCCCUAAAGGACCGGGGGUGGCUGUAUUUUCUGUUCUGCUGGGAUCGGCCUUCCCGUGCUAAACCCGGAAAUUGCCUGCAUUCACACACUUUCUACGCUUAACCUACAUUGCACGAGUGAAUAAGAUAGACUUUGUAAUAACCACCAAGUCUUCGUCUUUCUAAAGUCACCAUCUAGAAGUCUCUACGUGCCGUGGUUAUGGAGGAACAGCGAGUUGAAUAGAAUAGACUUUUGGGGUGAGCGCGCCGGUUAUAACCACCUCCGGCCCUUCUCCAAUAAAGCUGCUAUAGCCACCUCCGGUCCUUUAGGGGUUAAAGAAUGGAUGUUUGCGUUAAAGUUAAAAGUUGGGUAUAUUUUCAAACUGUGAGAGGUAGCAUUUUAGAGUGGUACGUGAGACCUCUUGACCAAUGGAGUUUAUGUUUGUUAAUCCAAGUGUUUUGUAUCGUGUCGAGGAGUUUUAUCGCACGUGAAUGGCUGUAUUUACUUAAGGAAGGGGAGAAGGGUUGGCUGGCCUCAAGAACAGCUUUGAAUAUUGUUGGCCGAAGGGAAAAUAAGGAUGUUAAAUGAAAAAAAGAAGAAUUAAGAAGAAAAAGGAGCUGGGUGAUGUAGGUAUAAGUCUCCAUAUGCGUCUGAGCUCAGUGGUCGACGUAACUUACAAUUAUUAUUAUUAUCUGUGUAUCCCUGAGCUCUGUGUCAUGAGGUAUGGUUAGUAUAGGGGCUGGAGGUGUGUGUGUACUUGUGUGUGUGUGUGUGUGUGUGUGUGUGUGUGUGUGUGUGUGUGAGUGAGUCUCUGUGUAUGUGUGUGUGUGUGUGUGUGUGUGUGUGUGUGUGUGGCAGGGUAGUAUUUUCAUGAUUCUCAGCAGAUGUUUUGUGGCACUGACAUUUGAAAGUCUAAACACUCUCCUAAAAUCUAUUUCGGCUUCACUAGAGGACAUGAAUCACUUUUUUUUCCAUUUUUCAUCGCAUCCAAUUAGUAGUAUUUCCAUGAUUCUCAGAAGAUGUCUUUUGGCACUGAAGGCAUUUGAAAGUCUAAACACUCUCCUAAAACUCUAUUUCGGCUUUGCUUGAGGACCGGAACCACUUUUUAAAAUUUUUUCAUCGUAUCCGACUAGUAAAUGGACGUAGUGUUAACCCCUUCAACACGAGGAUGCGUAUACUGCGUCCUUACGUGCGCCAUACCAUAUCCAAGGACGUGUAUACUGCGUCCUGGCUCGCUUUAGCCAGUAUACGAGUUAUUUCCUCUCUGUAUAUUUAUGCUUACAUCUCAAAAUUAUCAGAUAACUUGUUUCUUUAUGGGCAUCAUUUAAUUCUGCAUGUUUUCAUAUAUAAUACAUAUGUUGAGUUUACGGCUGAAAACUUGUCAUAUUCAAUAACGGCAUUUGACGCGCGCGGCGAUCUCGGAUACGGCACAGGGCGCUGUUUUGGCCCGGCCGUAGUGAAGGGGUUAAGGGAAUUACGUUAGCGAUAAUCUCCCUAUUCUCUCAUCGUUCUCUCCUUUCCUCCCAAUCAUGCUACCUCCCUUCUCGUUUAACCGUAAUAAUCUCCCUAUCCUCUCUUCUCUCCCUUCCUCCCCUUAUUCUUAACCAUUCUUUUGUGAUAGUGUCCGAGGGCAUUCAUGAGGAAACAAUCUGUAGACCACUGGCCGUAUCAUGAGUCAAAUCCGAGAUGUUUCAGGACUCACCGUUGCCAGAUUGUCGUACGCAGCCUUUGUACUUGCCGAUUGCCACCCCAAAUCUGUCUCCUCCACCCAAAUAACUAGAUCAAUUUAUAGUUAUCGUUAAAAUGGUUAAUUAUUGGCCGUUUCCUGGCAAUAAAUAUGAGUCAGGAGCCGGAAAAUACAAUGAUCUGAGUACCACGUAAAUUCAGAUUCCUACAGAGUUCGCGAUGGAUGACGCUGUUGGGACCGAACACUUCUAGGAUUUGACUUGUAAUACAGCCCCUAAACCGAACUCUAGGGACCCAAAACUUCUCGGAUUUGACUCAUAACACGGCCCCAUAUUUUAAGGUGACCUGUGGGCUGCUACGUUAGUGUUAUUGGCGUGUCAAACGGUGUAACGAGGCUGCAAGGAGGUCGACUCGCUGUGAUGUUCCGCGUCCAGCCGUCAUCCGCAUACUCGGCCUAGUUUAAGAAGCAUAUUAAUAUAUUUUUGAUCAGAGAAAUUAUCGGUAUUUAUAUAUAUUCAUAGUAAUGUACGAGGAUAUAUAUAUACGCUAUAGUAAGAUAUGCAAGAUCGCUACGGUUAUGUAUUGUCUAAGGCGUUACAUGUGAUCUAUGGGAUAAUGUUUGUGUGGUAGCGUCGGUCUGUGGUCGGUAGAUGUAGAUUUGUUAGUCCGUGGUGUUCGCUGUUGGCAUUUGUGUUUCUCUAAGUACAGACAACACUAUGUAA